CUGAGAAUUACCUCCACUCAGAGUCUGGAUGGAGGAGUGAAUGUGAUUCAACUGGAGACAGCUGCUGGUGCUGCUAUCAAGAACUUCAAUGGAGCAGUUGGUAUCAAUGUUCCUCGGAGUCGUUUCCUGCCAGUGAAGAAGACGUCGGAUCUUCUGGUGGUCAUGUCCAACCUGUUCCAGCUGAGAGACGGGACUCUGGUCCAGAACCCAGCCCGGCUCUACCCCGAACUACCCCUCGUCAAACUCGGAGAACACUUCUUCAUGAAGUGUCUGGUGACGUCACCUUCGGAAAAAAACGUCACUCUCAAGGGCACAGUAAUCAUCAUUGCUAAUCAUGGGGACAGGAUCGACAUCCCCUCUGGAGCCAUGCUAGAGAACAAGAUAGUGUCAGGAAACCUUCGGAUCUUGGACCACUAGAUUUUACUUUUCCUUGUCAUUAUUGACAUCCAGAAGUGUAUUUGUGACCUGGUGCAA